AUGGAACUUACUGGGUGCACUAGCAAUGUCAAUGGUGAUAAAAAGAGUGUCAGAGUGACCGCAAGUGUCGGAUCUUUGGGCAGUUUACAAGAAAUAGCCAAGUUAAUGCCUCAAGAGCAUCAGAAAUCCUUCAACAGGAAAUAUGGGAGACUUUUAGAUUUGUUGUCCAUUCGAGUAGAGGAAAGUGCACUGACAGCUUUGACCCACUACUGGAACUCUUCCCUGAGGUGCUUUGAAUUCCCAACGUUUGACAUCACUCCUACUAUAGAGGAGUAUGCUUGCAUUCUAGAUAUACCUAUGAAUGAGGGAGAUGCCUAUUACUUUCCAAUGGAUCAACCGCCAUCUGAAUCAAAAGUGCGUGAACAGUUCAAAGGAUUGUUGGGGUUGUCCGAAAAGCAGUCAAGAAUGUCUGGGCACACUGGGUCUCGAGGUUUGAAUAGAGCUUGCAUGGAAGAUCGCAUGGCAUCACUGGCACAACACAAUGAAUGGGAAGGCUUUUCCAAGAUCCUUGCUUUGGAAAUUUAUGGCUUGGUGUUGUUUCCUUCUGCGACUGACAUAAUUGAUUUGGCCGCUAUGGAUGUCUUUUACUCAGUGGAAGAUAAGGCUAGAAACCCUGUCCCGACGGUUUUAGCUGAAACCUUCUUGACAUUAACUUUCUGCCACCAUAAAGGAAAAGGGAAGCUCCAAUGUUGUCUACAACUUCUUUAUGUGUGGGCAAUGUCUCAUUUGCAUGUGGGCAAGCAGAUAUCCAGAGGGUCAAAAGCAUUGAAUGUGUUCUGCCACCUCACCAUAAAGUCACUUGACGAGCGUAGGUGGAAAAAUGAGUUUGAAAGUGCUGAAGAAAACCAAUUUCUUAGAUGGGUGCCCCCUUGGUACGAUUCAAAGCAAGGGAAAGUCAUCAUUUUCAACUGUGGGGAAUUCCCCUAUGUACCGCUCAUGGGGCCCAAGGGUUGUGUAACAUAA